AAUCAAUCCAACCUCAGUACCUACAAAGUUAUCUCCUAUCAUUUUCUAUCGCAAACAUUACAAAAUUUGCCAAAAUGAAGACCGCCGGUGCCAUCAUUCUUUCUCUUCUUGCCGCCACUGGCCUUGCCAUCCCAAUGGAACAAACUCAGCAAGCCAACCAAGCACACAUGAUGGAGCAAGCCGAUAUGAUGGGACAAGCUCAAAUGAUGGAGCAAGCUCAAAUGGCUGCCAACGGCCUCUUCGAUCCUCCUCGCAACGGCAAUGGUAACAUCAUUGGCGACAUUUUUGACACCGCCGCCUGUAUCCUUGGCAGCUUUGUUGGCAGCACUCGCACUUGUCGCAAGGGUGAACCUGACGUGAUUAAUAUCACAACCGACCACCGCAACGACAACAACAACAACAACAGCAGCAGCAGCAGCACGAGCAGCUCCUACCAAUAUAGCUACAACACCGACUCAGAUGGAAACUAUCGCAUCCAAAUUGUUCCCGGCGGUAACAAGUCUAACUGCAACUAUACUAUUCCCAAGAGUGAUGCCCAGGUCUUAGCCACUACCAUCAACCAACUUGCAGCUAAGUGUCUCGGCCAAUAAGCGAUUACGCUGCGAUAGUAAGACAUUCUUUGCAUAUGGACUGUGAUACCGAAAUGGUUGACUGUGGAGCGGUGGAAAAGGGAUUUGAGAAAGCCAGAUAGCCAAUAAUCGAGCAUAUUUGCCCUC